GGUCAGGCAGAAAUACAUACAAUACAAGUGCCGCGAACAAUAUGAAUUCUAUAGUGGAAAAAAUAGCGAAAAACAUCCCGUUGGCUGAGUACGAUGUGGAGUAUGGCGAAGGUAAUGAAAAAGGGGAGGGAUAUUUGGGCGAAAUGGCGUUCGUAAAAAUUACAGCAAAGGGAAAUGGAAAAACUUACAACGUUGCAAUCAAACGAGCUUUCACCAAUCAGUCGAUCCGGGAAGAGAUGCAUAUUAGGGACGUGUAUUUAAAUGAAGUGUUAUUCUACAAGGAGUGCUUUCCUGUUUUACAGCAAUUACAAAGUGAGCUGGAUUUGCCAAAAUUUAAUAAUGCCCCGAAGUGUUUUUAUACAAGCACUGAACCCGAAAACGAAUAUAUCGCAAUGGAAAAUUUAAGGGCAUCAGGCUUCGAACUUUAUCCCAAAGAAAAAAUUGUACCAUACGACCAUUUCGAAUUUAUUUUUAAAAUUUACGCUAACCUACACGCAACCUCCGUCGUAUUAAGAAAAACCCAACCCGAAAAGUUCGAAAAACUCGCUUCCAAUUUUAAAGAAGUAGCUACGAAAAGCUUCGAUAAUCCUAACUUUAAUAAUUUAUGGGGAACUAUGUUUAAACAAACAGGGGAAAAACUAAUACCUGGUCAAGACGAUGAAGCUAUAAAAGCAUAUGAAAAAAAAUAUUUCAACAACGGAAUUUCCCAUUUUAUGGACUCUUGGAAAUAUCAUGGACAAGACCCUGUUAUAAAUCAUGGAGAUUGCUGGAGCAACAAUAUGAUGUUUAAAUAUAACGAACAAAGAGAACUUGUAGACCUAAAACUAUUAGACUGGCAACUACUAAAACUAGGAUCGCCAGUCCAUGAUUUAUCGUUCUGCUUGUACUCAGGAGGUUCAAAUGCCACUUUCAAUAGACUGGACGAGCUUCUCAAAGUCUACUACAAAACUUUUAGUGAUGUUUUGGAAAAAUCUGGUCUGAAUUCCGAAAAAGUCUACCCGUAUUCCUUGCUGAAAGAAGAAUGGAAAGAAUAUGGCAACUUUGGUUGGCUCAUGAGCUUAAUGAUAAUUAAAAUAAAGUUAACAAACCAAGAGGACAAAGUUGAUUUAACGGAUCUAAACAAUAGUGAUGAUCAGGAAGAAAUUAAUAUGAAAAUAAUAGAAGGAACACCGUCUGAAGCUUACGAUAGAAGAAUAAGGGAAUUGCUCCUUCAUGUACACAAAAUUGGAGCUAUGUGAAUUAUUAAUUUUAAAAAAGUAUUAAUUAAGACAAAUUGUUUUGAAAAAAAAAAACCAAAAAUGUUUAUUUAUUUAUUAUUGUACUGAGUAAAAAAAUGUAAAUUGCACUCAAACUAGAUCAAGACAUAGUUGGCUUUAAUACAUUAAUACACAAGGUUAUUUUUAUUGCAUUUUGUAAAAAAAAUUAAUGUUAAUAAAUUCAAUCUUUAAAGAUUUAA